AUGCCCUUUUCUUUUUUUCUUCUUUUUUAUUAUUUUCUUUCUUUCUUGUUUCUUUUUCUUUCUAUUAUUUAUUCUUCUGUGCCUUUUUCUUUCUUCCCUUUUUUAUCAUUUUCUUUUCUUUCUUUCUUCAUUUCAUUCUUUCUUUCUUUUAUUCUCUUUGUAUUUUUCUUUCUUUAUCACUUUCUUUUUUUUCUUUCUUCUGUCUUUUUCUUUCUUUCCUUCUUCUUUAUCACUUUCUUUCUUUCUUGUACUCUUCUAUAUCUUUUUCUUUCUUUCUUUCUUUCUUUCUUUCUUUCUUUCUUCUGUGUAUUUUUCCUUCUUUUCAUUUUCUUUCUUUCUUUAUUUAUUUCUUUAUUUUUCUUCUUUGACUUUUUCUUUGUCUUUUUCUUUCUUUCGUUCUUUCUUUCUUUCUUCUAUGAUUUUUUCUUUCUUUCUUUACAUUUUCAUUUUUUCUUCUUUGUCUUUGUUAUUUUUUCUUUCUUUCUUUCUUCGAUAUUUUUCUAUUUGCCUUUCUUUCCCCCUUUUUCACUUUUUUAA